GUUGGGAAGGGGCGUCCCCCCUGGAGCUGGGCCCGCGGGGAGGCCCGAAGGCCGCGGGGGUCUUAUUCAGGCUGGUGGCCGCCUCCCACAUGGCUGGGGAAGCUGCUUACUGCACCGCUGUGAUGGAUGCCUGGCUGCGCGAAAGGAGGAGCAAGUCCCUGACCCCAGGAAGGGUAAAGCCCUGACCUGAAGCAUGAUAAAUGAGCCGUGGAUUGGAGAGUGAGUUAGCCAAGCCUUGGUUGUGAUGGAGAAGGACGCAAACCAACUCGAGAGGGACCACGUUCAUAGCGUAUAUGAGAAAAUUGCUCCUUGCUUCAAUGACACACGCUACAAGGCAUGGCCAAAGGUGCAGCAGUUCAUUUCAGAGCAGGAACCAGGCAGUCUGAUUGCUGAUAUUGGCUGCGGAAAUGGCAAAUACCUUCACAUCAAUUCACAAGUCUAUAAACUGGGUUGUGACUACUGUUUCCCCUUGGUGGAAUCAGCACGGAAUGAAGGCCAUGAAGUUAUGGUGUGCCAUAGCUUGUGUCUGCCUUAUCGAAGUGAGUGCUUUGAUGCUGUCCUGUCCAUUGCUGUGAUUCACCAUUUUUCAACGGAAGAGAGGCGCAUGCGAGCAAUAAAAGAGAUGGCUCGCAUCUUGAGAGUAGGAGGCCAGAUAAUGAUAUAUGUGUGGGCAAUGGAGCAAAAACGGAGAAGAUUUGAAAAGCAAGAUGUCUUUGUUCCCUGGAAUCCUUCACCUCCUUCCUGCUCCUCGGGUGAGCCUUGCUCACGUGGAGUACAAAAAUCAAUUCUUCACAAGGACAAAGAGCUGGCUUUGAACCAGCCCUGUCAGAAGUUGGAUGGGACAUCAGAGGUACACAGGACAGCAAGGAGCUCAUCCUGCAGAGGGGAGAAGAAAGCAUCGCACACGGUAUUAGAGAAAUCUCUGAGACGGUCUCUGUUCUCAAGAUCACUCGACUCCGUAUUAGAUGUUGAUGAUCAGUGGCACCAAGAAGAGCUCAUUAGAUACCGCAAUUACGAUGUUCAGCUGAAUGAAUUAAAGAGAGAAAAAAAAGUUGGAAAAAACAGAGAGCAUGGCUUUCUGAAACGUGCUUCUGACUUUUUUCUACACUGCAAACCGAGUUUUGAAAAGACAACAGCUUUUGAAGUGGCUGUUAAACCUGUGCUGCCCAUGUCACACUGCUCGAAGGCUUUCAGGGGGUGCUAUUCAGAAUUAGGGCAAGCAACUCUACAGCUCCCUAUGGCUGCAGAGAGCCUUCAUGACUGCAGCGGAGUGUGUUUACCUGACCUGAUUUCACAUCAGAAAGAAUUAGCUGUCAGACAACAACUUAAAAUAGACCAUCACCCAAAAGAAGGAGCUUUCUGCCAACCUCAGAACAAAAGGAGAACGGGCUCUUCUCUGGUGGUCAAUGAGUGCGCCCUGGCCAUGCAGAGCGGACAGCAGGCGGGUCCAGACGGGGCCUGGCUGAGGUACUACCACGUUUUCAAAGAAGGGGAGCUGGCUGAGCUGAUAGAGCGUCAUAUUCCUGAGCUACAUAUUACUCAUUCGUACUUUGACCAUGCCAAUUGGUGUGUGAUUGCAGAAAAGACUGACGCGUGGAAGAUCUAGGGGAAAUUUCCUUACUGAAAUGCACAAAGAAUACUUAAGGGCUUUCUUCCUUUUGAAAGCUCAGAGCCUUUGAAAAUCUUUCCUGAAGCUUUUUUUAGCCUUGGGUUUGUUUUGGGGGAGAGGGAGACGUAUAAGGAGGAGACUGCUUUGAAACUCUCAGGUUCUGUGACUUUGUUUUCUUUGAUUUGUUCUUAAAAUACACCUCUAUUGAAUUUUUUUUUCUAGAGUUAUUCCAGACUGAGCACAUUUUAGCACACUGAUCCCCUUUCAUAAACAGCUGCCAGCUGUGUUUUGUUGCUUGAAAACAGGUAAAAGAAGGUGAUUGCUGGAUUAUUUUUUACAUGUGCAUUAAAAGUCUUUGUUAUUCAUUUAUUACUAUAUAAUCAUGCAUGUCAACUUUUUAUUUUAAAAUGUAUUGUAUUCUGCCACUUGAUGCAACAUAAUGCAGGAAGUAACUGAAAGAUGUACUAUUUUAUUGCAGUUCAC